GCCUUUUCCUUUUAGUACUUUGCGCUCAACACUUUCCACACUUUUUCCCUAUAAAACCAUUAUCAAACUCAAACCUACCAAAACCCUACGCAGUUUUUUUAACCUCUUCUCUGUAGAAAUUCGAUGGCACCAAAGCGAUCAAACCCCAUUGAUGACCCACCAGCUGCAUCUUCAUCUGAAGAAGAAGAAGAGGUGACUUCCUCUGAAGAAGGAGACGAAGAUGAAGAAGAAGGAUCUUCUGAAGAAGAAGAGGAAGAGGAGGAGCCAAAAACACAAACUACUCCAACAACCCAGAAAAGCCCACCUCCCAAAAAACCCGAAACUUUCGCCCCUGCCAUUGCCGUUGAUGAAUCUGACGAAUCCCGAUCUGAUUCCGAGUCCGAAUCCGACACGCCAACUCCAAAUGUCAAGCCUAUUGCUACGAAACCCAUGGAGGAAACUUCAAAUAUAAAAAAAACCAGAUCCAAGCCCUUGGCUUCACCCGUUAAAGCAUCUUCAACCAAGCGGCCCAUUGAAUCGGAGCAAGAAGCUAAGGAAGCGAAACGGCCCAAGAAGAAAGUCGAGGAAGAAGGGACCGCUACCACUGUUGUUGUUGAGGAGGUAAAGAAGACUGGAGAAGAUACAAAGAAGCAGCUUUUUCAGAGGCUCUUCAGUGAAGAUGAUGAAAUUGCUGUGUUGAAAGGUAUGUUGGAUUAUUCUGCACAAAAUGAAUCUGAUCCUAUUGCUGAUAUGAAUGUGUUUUAUGAUUUUGUUAAGAAAUCAAUUCAUACUGAUGUCACCAAAGCUCAGUUAAUGGAUAAGAUUAGGAGGUUAAAGAAAAAGUUUGAAAACAAUGCCGGAAAAGGUAAAAAGGGCGAGGAUCGGACUUUUUCAAAACCCCAUGAGCAGAAAGCUUUCAAAUUGUCAAAAAUGAUAUGGGGCGAAGAUGGAAUUUCUGGAAAAGUGGAGUCGUCUGCUAGGUCCAAUGGGAAAGCGAAGGCAAAUAGCAAGGCUUUGACUGCUGUGAAAGUAGAGUUGCCUUCUUCACCUGAGAAAAAUGUGGAACGGGGAGAGCCAAUGGAGGUUGAUAAGAAGAGUUCUAAGAAUUUGGGUAGUUUGUUUGAUAAGAGGUUUGGUGUGGCCGGCUUGGAAGAGGAACUUUUAAAGCAUGGGUUGGAUAUGGUUGGGGGAGAAAAGAAGGCCACUUUAGAGGAGAAGUGGAGAAAAUUGCAGAUUGCUGAGUUGGAGCUGUUUGUGCAACGAACUGAGUUGGUGAAGGAGCAUGCCAAGUUGAUGCUGGAAUUUUACAAAUCUGAAAACAAAUAGAGUGCUUGUAAUAAGUAAUGAUAUUUUUAUGUGCUAUUUAAAGAAAUUUUGUUGGUUAUUAGUUAUUUUAUUUUUAUGAUUUACCAUUUUUGUAACUUGGGUUAUAUUAAUCUCUUCCAUGGAGAGUAACUUCUGAAGUUGUUUUUUUCUGCUUAAGCAUGCUUUUCAGCAUAAUUUGUUAUAGUUGGAUUUA